CCUCGCUUCACGACCCGGUAGGAUCCCGGCUCAGGAUUGGCCGAGCCGGAGGCCGUGGAGCCAGGAAGCCAAUGGCCGGGGUUUGCCUUCCCGGAUCCAAAAUGGCGGCGCCGGAGCCCGGCAGCGGGGCCUCCGGAGGGAGGAGGUGAAGCGGCCUCGGCCCGCGGCUCCGGGACCUACCGCCCCUGCUCGUCCGCCCCGGGAGCCGGCCGGGGCCCAGCCCCAGCCAUGGCCGCUGAGAGCAGCAAGCAGUUCUGGAAGCGGAGCGCUAAGCUGCCGGGGAGUAUCCAACCUGUCUAUGGAGCCCAGCACCCUCCUCUGGAUCCCCGGCUCACCAAAAACUUCAUUAAGGAACGUUCCAAGGGCAAUGCGCUGCCCCUGAAGAAUAAGAAGGCCUCUAGCUUUCACGAGUUUGCACGCAACACCAGUGACGCCUGGGACAUCGGCGAUGAUGAAGACGAAGACUUCUCCUCUUUCCAAACCCUGAACUCUAAAGUGGCCAAGGCAACAGCAGCCCAGGUGCUGGAGAACCACAGCAAGCUGCGCGUGAAACCCGAGCGGGCCCAGUCUGCUCUCAGCGAGAUGCCAACCAACUGCAAGGUCAUCAAGUCCAGCAGCGAGGCCCAGCUGUCCAGACCACCUGAGGAUGCCUGCGUGCGGAACGCCCUGCACAAACAGCAGUCCCUCCCACUCAGACCCAUCAUUCCACUCGUCGCCCGCAUCUCCGACCAGAACGCGUCGGGGGCUCCCCCAAUGACAGUGCGGGAGAAAACACGUCUGGAGAAGUUCCGGCAGCUCCUCUCCAGCCACAACACAGACCUGGAUGAGCUGAGGAAAUGCAGCUGGCCUGGCGUGCCCAGAGAGGUCCGGCCUGUGACAUGGCGACUCCUGUCGGGCUAUCUCCCGGCGAACAAGGAGCGGAGGAAGCUGACCUUACAGCGCAAGAGGGAGGAGUAUUUUGGCUUCAUCGAGCAGUAUUACGAUUCCAGGAAUGAAGAGCAUCACCAGGACACCUACCGGCAGAUUCACAUCGACAUUCCCAGGACAAACCCUCUCAUCCCGCUCUUCCAGCAGCCGCUAGUCCAGGAGAUCUUUGAAAGAAUCCUGUUUAUCUGGGCCAUCCGACACCCAGCCAGUGGCUACGUCCAGGGGAUUAAUGACCUGGUCACUCCAUUCUUUGUCGUGUUCCUCUCCGAACAUGUUGAAGAGGAUGUGGAGAACUUUGACGUGACGACCCUGUCUCAGGAUGUGUUGCGGAGCAUCGAAGCCGACAGCUUCUGGUGUAUGAGCAAACUACUGGAUGGCAUACAGGAUAACUACACCUUUGCACAGCCAGGGAUCCAGAAGAAGGUCAAAGCACUGGAGGAGCUAGUCAGCCGGAUCGAUGAGCAGGUACACAAUCACUUUAGGAAGUAUGAGGUCGAAUACCUGCAGUUUGCCUUUCGCUGGAUGAACAAUCUGCUAAUGAGGGAGCUCCCCCUGCGCUGCACCAUCCGCCUGUGGGACACCUACCAGUCGGAGCCGGAAGGAUUCUCCCAUUUCCACCUGUAUGUCUGUGCCGCCUUCCUGAUCAAGUGGCGAAAAGAGAUCUUGGAUGAGGAGGACUUCCAGGGUCUUCUAAUGUUGUUACAAAACCUACCCACAAUACACUGGGGCAAUGAAGAGAUUGGACUCCUCCUUGCUGAAGCCUACAGACUCAAGUACAUGUUUGCGGAUGCCCCCAAUCACUACCGCCGAUAGGUGCCAGGACUCGGUCUCCCCAUCCCGGCCUGAUCUAAUCACUGUGGCAUUUCAUCGUCGAAGUCCUUGGACACGCUGGCCAGGAGCCACUCCUAGCUGUACAAAGCUCACAUCGACUUUUGUCUUAACUUUUGUGUGUGCCUGCCUGCCACUCCAUGUGUGGAUGUGCCACUCAAACGACCAUCAGUAUUCCAUGCCCUUCUGGUGGCCCAAGUCUGGGGGGAAAGGAGACAGAGAGUGGCAGCUUCUGUGGCUUUAAGUAUAAACUGAGCCAAGGAUUGAGCCUCUGGAUGCCCCCGCAGGCCAGGCCUGGCUGUCACCAGCCAUCUUAGCCUUGCUGCCUCUUGUUAACCCACCCAGGCACACACGCGCGCACACACUCCCAGCUGGGUCCAUUUUCCCUUCAGACACAGUUUGAUCCAACUCCCAGACGAAAAUGCCUUACCAGAGACCUGCCCGGGUGGAACCCUUUCUGAGGGCAGCAGUGCUGUAGGAUGCAAAAAGCUCUCAGGGCCUAGCUUCACUCCAAGUGUCUGAAGAAACGCAGCACUUCAAGGAUAACAGGAGACAUGCUCGCGCACUCUCUCUCUUCCUCUCAUGCAGCACAUGGGUGCACGCAUGUUGUGGGGGGUGCACGUGUGUGAGGGAGGCUGGCCCAUCCAUGCACUGUCCUGAGUGACACAUGUCCACUGGACAACACUCCUCCUGUGACUGAUCUGACCUGCUGUGCGCACAGCCCCCACCCCA